AUGCUCUACACAAUGACAUGUUGGCUCCUGGUCCUGGUCCUCCAGCUGGUCCUCCUGAGCCCACCGCAGGCGGCAGCCUGCCCUGCCCGCUGCGAGUGCGCCCCGCAGAUUAAGUCAGUGGUCUGUCACCGCAAGCGGCUCACCUCCAUCCCCGAGGGCAUCCCCACUGAGACCAAGAUCCUGGAGCUCAACAAGAACCGCAUCCGCUGCUUGAACCCGGGCGACCUCUCCCCUUACCCGCUGCUGGAGGAGCUGGAUUUCAGCGAGAACAUCAUCUCCAAUGUGGAACCGGGCGCCUUCAGCAACCUGUUCAACCUGCAGACCUUGCGGCUGCGGGGGAACCAGCUCAAGCUCAUCCCCCCGGGGGUCUUCACCAAGCUGACCAACCUCACCCUCCUGGACAUCAGUGAGAACAAACUUGUCAUCCUGCUGGACUACAUGUUCCAGGACCUGCGAAACCUGAAGAGCCUGGAGGUGGGCGAUAACGACCUGGUGUACAUCUCCCAGCGGGCCUUCUCGGGGCUGCUUGGCCUGGAGCAGCUGACCAUCGAGAAGUGCAACCUGACCUCCAUCUCAGCUGAGUCGCUCUCCUACCUCCAGAACCUGGAGGUGCUGCGUCUCCGGCACCUCAGCAUCUCUGCACUGGAGGACCAAAACUUCAAGAAGCUCUACAACCUCCUGCAGCUGGAGAUUGACAACUGGCCGCUGCUGGAAGACGUCUCCCCCACCAGCUUCCAGGGCCUGAACCUCACGUCGCUCUCCAUCACCUACACCAACAUCACAGCCGUGCCCGCCGCUGCCUUGAGAAACCUGGUGUACCUCCGGUACCUGAAUCUGUCCUACAACCCCAUUAGCACUGUGCUGAAGGGCUCCUUUAAAGACCUCAUCCGGCUCCAGGAGCUCCACAUCGUGGGCGCUCUCUUGAUGUCCGUGGAGCCGCAGGCUUUCUCUGGUCUGAGACAAAUCCGGCUGCUCAAUCUCUCCAGCAACUUUCUCUCCACACUGGAGGAGAGCACCUUCCACUCCGUCAACACACUGGAGACGCUGCGGGUGGACAGGAACCCCCUGGCCUGCGACUGCCGCCUCCUCUGGAUCCUGCAGCGAAGGAAGACACUCAACUUCGAUGGGCAGCAGCCCAUGUGUUCCUCGCCACCUGAAAUCCAGGGCAAUGCCCUGCGUGACUUCCCGGACUCCGUGCUCUUUGAGUACUUCACCUGCCAGAAGCCCAAGAUAAGGGAUCGGAAGCUGCAGCACGUGACAGCCCGGGAAGGGCAGUCCGUGUCCUUCCUUUGCCGGGCAGAUGGGGAGCCAGACCCCUCCAUCGCUUGGGUGUCCCCUCAGCACCGCAUGAUCACCACCCGCAGCACAGGGCGGGCGACUGUGCUGCCUGGGGGCACCCUGGAGAUCCGCUUUGCCCAGGUGCAGGACAGUGGCACCUACAUCUGCAUUGCCAGCAACGCAGGUGGCAACGACACCUACUUCGCUACCUUGACAGUCAAGGGACGCCCAGCCGAUGGCUCCCACUAUGCGAACCGGACUUUGUACCUCGGCGAGUUCAACGACACUUCCCACAACGACACGCAAGUCUUCUUGAAGUUUACGCUGGACCUCAAGACCAUCCUGGUCUCCACAGCCAUGGGCUGCAUCACCUUCUUGGGCGUCGUGCUCUUCUGCUUCCUCCUCCUCUUUGUCUGGAGCCGAGGCCGGGGGCAGCACAAGAACAACUUCUCGGUGGAGUACUCCUUCCGCAAGGUGGAUGGUCCCACCACCACCACUGGUCAAGGAGGAGCCAGGAAGUUCAACAUGAAGAUGAUCUGA